AUGGAGGCUUGCGGCAAGAAUGGCAGUGGGAGCGCGGCCGAGUUCGUGGCACGGGAGGCCGAGGUGCGACGCGAGCGCGGGCCGCAGCAUGCGGCCCUGUGGCAGAACCUCACACGCUUCCCCAGCGUCGCCAGCGGCUGGCUUCAUCCUGCAGCUCCCUCUGCAUCUUCGACCGAGAUCGAAGCCACCAUCUUUACGAAGCAGAGGGACCUGGUCGGGCGCAAGAACCGGCUCGUCGGGCGCAACUACCAGUGCGGCAGCGGCGGGGUGCGGGCCGUGGGCGGGUUCGGGUGGGAGGUGAAGGACGUGCAGCUCUCGAGCCCCUCGCCUUCGCGCGGCCUCCUCGCGCUGGUCACCAACCACACCCCCGAACCGCCCUCGCCCCAGCAAGCCAAGCCCGCCCUCGAGACAGAGACCUUCGGGUCGCUGGUGUGGUCGCGCGACGAGACGUGGGUGGCCUACCUCGCCGAGCCCAAGCGCGAGGAGAAGGACUCCCCCUCCUUUUGGGACGUCACCCCCAAGGCCGACAACGGCGAUGCCAAGGACGACAAGGCGGCCCCCAACGCCAUCCUCCUCAUCAAGGCGUCGGAUCUGAACGCCCCAACCGACGUUCUCGCCACGGAGACCCCCUCAACGAAUGUUAUGGACCCCCUUGCUGCAAUGCCGAACGAUGCCGCAACCCAUGUUCCCAAUUGA